CUGUUUUGUGACAGUGAGGAAUUGAUACACACCACAGAGGGUGUGGACUGGAAAGACCGAGAUGCUCCAGGAGCCUUGGUUGGAAAUGUGGCACACUCGCGGAUUACCAGUCCUCUGCGUCUAUUUGUUAAGCAGCCUCCAGGUCCAAAGCCCGCUUACACAGACAGCAUGGAAAACUUUUGGGAAUGGCUGGCCAACAUCACGGAGAUUCAAGAGCCACUGGCAAGAACUAAAAGACGGCCAAUAGUGAAAACGGGAAAAUUUAAGAAAAUGUUUGGGUGGGGUGACUUCCAUUCUAACAUUAAAACUGUCAAGCUUAACCUGCUCAUCACAGGGAAAAUUGUUGAUCAUGGAAACGGAACAUUCAGUGUUUAUUUCCGACACAAUUCAACAGGUCUGGGCAAUGUUUCAGUGAGCUUGGUACCUCCCUCUAAAAUAGUGGAAUUUGAAGUAUCCCCCCAGUCUACCUUGGAGACCAAGGAAUCCAAAUCUUUCAACUGCCGUAUUGAGUAUGAAAAAACAGAUCGGGCAAAGAAGACUGCUCUGUGCAAUUUCGAUCCGUCCAAGAUCUGCUACCAGGAGCAGACUCAGAGCCAUGUGUCCUGGUUAUGUUCCAAACCCUUUAAGGUCAUCUGCAUUUACAUUGCCUUUUACAGUGUUGACUAUAAACUUGUGCAAAAGGUUUGUCCUGACUACAAUUACCAUAGUGAGACACCAUACUUAUCUUCUGGAUAA